AACACAAACAACUCUCUUAUAAACCUCGUUAUCACCUGCUCGAAUCCUCUCGACACUCUCUAGACGAAUCUAUCCUCUACCACGUCGGUGCAGCAUGACUCGAAGAGACCUACACCUCAUGCGCUCCACUACCGAAAUGACCACCACCAAGCCCAUCCCAGGAAAGCAUCAGGAUGAGGACGAUGAAAUAGAAUGGGAGACUGUCACCACGGCAUCAUCAGAGACUGAACGAGGCGACAUCGACAUGGAUUCCACCCUGCCUAACGGCGCAUUACUCCCACCCUCACCACCCUGUGACUCUGACUUCACCUUACCAUCAUCUCAUCCAGAACCCGAACCGCGAAAGCGCCUGUCCUACAAAGACGCCCUCUGCUCCUCUCCAGCGGCAGAAGACAACGACGCCCUUCCCAUAGUCCUUGUUGAAGAAUAUGACCCUGACACCACCCUCAUGUCAGGCGCAGUCGAUCCGCGAGACGCCGACAUCCCAGUAACACUAGGUCUAUCCUCCUCUGACGAGGAGAUCAUCUGCUCAACCAGAAGCGCCUACAAACACUGCUACGACAAGAUGCCCUACCGCGUCCUCCACCGCUACCACCUGUACGAACUUGGUCUGCCGUUCAAAGAUACUCGUCAUCUGGAUGCAUUAACGCCGAACUUUUUGACGACCUUCCGUGGUGUGGACCGAGCAUGGGACGAAUUCGAAGAGAUCGAGCGUGACUAUCAACGUGCUGUUCGUGCCGAUGAGAGCUUUGAGCUGGAUCUCGACGAGUACUUGCUCGUUGCAUUGGCCAAGCGAGGCGGAAGGUCCAGGAGACAGGUCGUGUAUCCCGAAUACAUAUACCCGUUAUGGCCGAAAUGGGAAGAUGGUAGCGAUAGUUCUGAGGCCGAGACUGAGCGCGAGGACAAGAGAGAAGCAGGUGCAGGCGAAGAUACAAAUGCGUCUGGCGAGAAGAGACCUACAACCCGAAAGCAGCGUGCGAGGUUCGAACUGGACUUUACUUUUGACGACGCGUAUUGGAUAGAACUGGAAGAUCAGGGCAUCAUUUGGGACGAGAUAGAUGUUCCCAGACUAUGAUCUUGGUCCGAAUUACAAGGCGAAUUGGGUGAAAUUGGUAUUUGGACGAUACUGGGCAAAAUUGGACGACUACAUGAAAUCACACGGAACGAAACAGGAGCAUUGUACAAAUAUGGGAAGCAAUAUGGGCGAAAGAUCGGCGCAAGUCAGUGCUGCAAGAAUUCCUACAGCUUCGACGAGAUGCAAAGUGCUGCGGAUAUACAGUACUUGGAGAUGUCUAUACCAAUUCAUGGGUGAC